CUGAAAUAAAAUUUUAGUGCAGGCCUAUUUUUAACGAACGUUACACCGAAUCGAAAAGUUAGCAGAAGAUGGCACCGACACCAAAAAACCUGAAUUUCUGGGAGGAAACAAGCCCAUUAGACGAUGCAAUGGGCGAGAAAGUCGUCAUAUCUGGCAUGGCGGGUCUCUACCCAGAGUCUCACAGCGUGAAGGACUUAUCAGAUAUUCUGUAUAACAAGAUCAACCCGGUCAACAAUAAAAAUUCCCGGUGGAAUUAUGACCAUCCCGAAGUGGCACAGUACACCGGCAAAGUCCCCGGACUUAAACUGUUUGACGCGCAGUUUUUCAAAGUCCACUACCGUCUCAGCAACAACAUGGAUCCCAUGGCUCGCAAGAUGCUGGAGCAAUCGUACCAGGCUAUUUACGACGCUGGAAUCUGUCCGGAGGAACUCUCUGGGAAGAAAAUCGGUGUCUAUGUAGGAAGUUGUUUUUCUGAAAGUGAAAAGGCUUGUUUCUAUGCCGCAGGGUCUAGAUCAGGUUUCGGUAUUGCAGGGUGUAGUAAAUCGAUGUUCGCGAACCGCAUCUCUUACUGGUUAAACGCUAAGGGCCCUUCUAUGAACAUUGACGAGGGUUGCUGCAGUUCCACUCAAGCCUUGGAGCAAGCUUACCUGGCCAUCAAGCGCGGCGAGUGUGAGGCUGCCGUCGUCGGAGGGUCUAACCUUUGCUUGCAUCCUCAAUCGUCUAUCCACUAUGGAAGAAUCGUGAAGUUGAGCAUGGAUGGUAAAACCAAAUCGUUUGAUACUGAAGCCAAUGGGUGUGUAAAAUCUGAAGCAAUCAACGUAAUAUUUCUUCAAAAAGCUAAAAAUGCUCUAAGGAUUUACGCUGAAGUUGUACAUGUUAAAUCUACAUUUACAUCAAUUCUACAAGAUGAAACCAAAGAUCCGAAAUAUGGUUUCUAUAGGGUUCCUGAAAACAUGGCAAAUUUUAUAAGUACUUUCUACGAAGAAGCAAAUUUAUCGCCACAAGCUGUUGAGUAUGUGGAAGCCUUUGGAUCAGCCACGCCGGAGGCUGAUAAAGCAGAACUCGAGGCCUUACAACAAGUGUAUUGCAGUACUAGCAGAACAAAACCACUUUUGGUGGGCAGUGUUACGUCAAAUAUAGGUUAUGGAGAAGCUGCAUCUGGGAUAUCUGCUAUUACAAAGGUUCUUUUGGGGUAUCAUUAUGGAAAGCUGGCAGGAAAUUUAAAUUGUAACUCGCCAAGAAACGAUGUAGCCGCUUUACAAGAUGGUCGUAUGCGCAUUCUUACUGAUCAUGAGAGUUUUGGAAGAUCUUACGCAGCUGUAAAUGGCCUAUCAAUAUCAGGGAUAAAUGCACAUGUUCUUUUAAAUGGUCAUUAUAAACCUAAGGACCCUAUGCGUUAUAAGACAAAUAUUCCGCAUUUAGUUGCUGUAUCUGCAAGACAGGAAACUUCCGUAAAUAAAAUACUUGAGGAUUUGAAAUCUCGUCCUGUUGAUCCUGAGGAAAUAGCGCUACUGCACAAUAUUCAUAAAAAUAGAAUAUCUGGACAUUUAGGAAGAGGAUUUAUACUCCUUGGCACAAAUGAAAAUAAUGAAACCAUUUGUCUAAACGAACGAUUCAACUACUUUGAUGACGCUAAGCGACCGCUGUGGUUCGUAUACAGCGGCAUGGGCUCCCAGUGGGCUGGCAUGGGAGCACAACUUAUGAGGAUUCCCAUAUUUGCCGCUGCUAUUGAAAAGUGUCGCCGCGUCUUGGAACCGAAAGGAGUGGACAUUGUGCAUAUAAUCACAUCUCCUGACAAAACCAUAUUUGAUAACAUCCUCAAUUCUUUCGUUGGAAUUGCUGCUGUUCAAAUUGGACUCACAGAUGUAUUGCGGGCGUUAGAUAUUGUUCCUGAUAAAAUUAUUGGUCACAGUGUUGGUGAGCUGGGCUGCGCGUACGCAGACGGCUGCUUCACAGCCGAGGAGAUGAUCCUGUCUGCGUACUGUCGCGGGCUGGUCUCUGUGCAGACUCCCUUUAUUCGUGGCUCAAUGGCUGCUGUAGGGGUUGGGUUCGAACAGAUAUCUAAAAUGUGUCCACCUGAGAUUGAAGUAGCGUGCCACAAUGGCCCUGACUCCAGCACAAUAUCUGGUCCCGCUGAUAUCAUGAAGGAAUUCGUGGCUCAACUUACUGCGAAGGAAAUAUUUGCCAAGGAAGUGCCAUGCUCGAACAUUGCAUAUCAUUCUCGAUAUAUCGCUGAGGCAGGUCCAGGAUUGCUCAAAUAUUUGAGUGAAGUUAUCACAUCGCCCAAAGUCCGCAGUGAGCGCUGGGUUUCUACGUCAGUACCACAAGAGAAAUGGAAUGACCCUAUAGCAAAAUAUUCAUCGGCGGCAUAUCACACAAAUAACUUACUUAAUUCAGUUCUUUUUGAGGAGACAUCGAGGCUCAUCCCAUCAAAUGCUGUGGUGGUAGAAAUCGCUCCUCAUGGUCUUUUACAAGCUAUUCUUAAGCGCUCUCUGCCUGAAUCUUGCAAACAUGUGCCACUAACGAGACGUGGUCACACCGAUAAUGCUCAGUUCUUAUUGGAAGCUAUUGGAAACCUCUAUAUGGAAGGAUUCAACCCGCAAGUGCAAGCCCUGUACCCGAAAGUUGAGUUUCCAGUUUCAACUGGAACACCAAUGCUGUCACAUUUUAUGGAAUGGGCGCAUCAUGAAGCAUGGGUUGUACCUUUGUACAUAACAGCAAACAGAAAAACUGCAGCUUCAUGCACUCACGUGUUGUCUAUCCAUGAUGACAGUCAUAGUUAUUUAAAGGGUCACGUCAUAAGAGAAAUAAACUCAUACCCUUUCGCUGCAACGUUAGUAGCAGUUUGGGAUACAUUAAGUAUGGUAUUGGGAGCUCCUAAGAAACAACUCUCAGUCCAGUUUCGUGAUGUUUACCUUCAUUCACAGCCUGUGCUGCAGGAUCAAAAUCAGUUGCGUCUAAAUGUUACUAUUCAUAGAGGAAGGGGCUAUUUUGAGGUUAUGAACGACAAUAUUAAAGUUGCAACUGGUUAUAUUGUCAAUGAAGUAAACAAGGAUAUACCAGCGAAAGAAGAAUCGAAAUUGGUCGAUGAAUUGGAACUUAAAUCAGAAGAUAUUUACGAAUUAUUUAGGGCUAGAGACUAUAGUUACACGGAUGAUUUCCGUAGUAUUUAUAAUGCCAAUCUAUCUCUUACGAAAGCUCAUCUUAUGUGGCAAAAUAAUUGGGUGACGCUUAUUGAUGGAAUGAUCCAAUUAAAUGCACUUGGGCGUCUUCAUGAAAGCGUUUCGCAACCUAAUUUUAUACGACGAAUUGUAAUUGACGUUAAAAAGCAUACAAGAAAACAAUUAAUAGCGCCCGAUGGUGUUAAUGUACUACUAUCAGCUGAACGGUGUGAAGUCAUGGAUACUACCAGAUGUGGAGCUGUCUUAAUUGAAAACAUCAAAUUCCACGAUCUCCCAUCAAUAAACAAAGGACAGAUUGCUUUAAAAACGCUAAAGUUUGUACCCCACUUCACUACCGAUAAUAUCGAUGUAAAAUCUGCUUUAUACGUGUUUCUGCAAAUAGUAGCAGAAAAUUUAAAUAAACGUACAAUCAAUAUUGCAAAUAUCGUAGAAUACAAAGGUCAAGCAAAGAUUGAAAACAUUCAAGAAAUCAUUCAUGAUAUACCUGACAUAAAAAUAAACUUGUUAGAAAUUUGCCGGCAUGAUUUAAUAAAACAAUCUGAUAAUUAUUUUGAUGACAUAGACACAUUCAUAGUAACCAAUUUAGCUGGUGAUGAUAAUAUGUGCAAAGUUUUACACCGCGUACUCAGUCAAGAUACUUUACUGAUCAAUAAAGAGGAGGAGUAUACAAAUUUAUCUACAAUUCGCCCUUCUUUAUUAUACCGUCCUGUUUGUGGCCACACUAAUGGUUCUUCACGCCUAGAAUUGGUUUCAUGGCGACCUUCAGACGUCAGUAGUGGUACUAGUGCUGUCACUAUGUUUUCACAAGCUGACCUCAAGACACUAACUGCACAAGUAUCCUCACUUCCUCAGAACCACAGACUCGUAAUAUUGACUUCGUAUCCAGCUUUUAGUGGAUUAAAAGAUACCAUAAAAGAGUUGAGAAAUAAAGAUGGUCGUAAAAUUAAUCUCGUGAUUAUCAACCACAAAUUAUUCGACGAACAAAAUCUGAAUCAAUUGCCGUUUACAGAUUUAGCAGUCAAUAUUUUGGACCACGGUAUUUGGGGUGGCGAAUAUUAUAUACCGAUUCAACAAAAUAAUGCUAAAGGCAAAGAUAUAGCGCUAGAAAUGACACGGCUGGGUGAUAUUAACUCCAUGCAAUGGAUAGAAGUCACAAAAUCUAAUUAUCAAGGGAUUCCAGUAAAGGUACAUUACGCAGGGAUAAACGAUGAUUACGUAAAGAAGGUACUUAGACUGGCUGCAAGUGAAAAUAAGGAAAAUAUGAAACUUAUUGAAUAUGACUUCAGUGGUAUUACAAAUAGAAAGGAGCGUGUGAUGGGGAUUGUGCAAGAAAAGUCAAUCAAUGCUAGUAUCCAAGCAAAGCCUGAGCUGUUGUGGCCUAUUCCCGGACAUUGGACUCUGGAAGACGCCGCUACUGUUCCUCUAGCUUAUUGUCUGGCGUUCUACUGUCUUUUCUUCAAAAGUAGGUUCUACCGAGGCAACAGUAUCCUCGUGCAUGACGGCGCAGGAGCUUUGGGUCAAGCGAUCAUAUCUAUUGCGCUUGCACACGACUGUGACGUUUAUACUACAGUGAGCGAUGUUAAGAAAAAACUGUUUUUACUCAAGCUGUUCCCGAAACUUAAAGAGGACCAAAUCGGUUUUUAUCAGGAUAACAGUUUUAGAGAUAUGACUCUCAAUGGUACAAAUGGAGAAGGUUGUGAUAUUGUUAUAACCUCGUUAAAAGGAGACCUACGAAAUGAUUCAAUCAGGAGUUGUAAAAAAUUUGGAUGCAUUGUUGAUACAUCACUUGUAAAUGACAAUGAAGAUUAUAUCUUUGGAAUGUUCCAUCUGUCUAGAGCUAUCGCUUACAGUACUCAACAAUUCUCCUCACUAUUCGAACCAGAAAACUUAAAAGAUUUAAAGAAAUUACAAAUGAUGGUGAGCGAAGGCAUCGCCCGCGGCUACGUGCGACCGCUCUCUCGCGUGGUGUAUGCGGCGACGGAGGCUCCACGUGCUCUGCGACUUCAGGCAAGCAGCAGGCAUGUUGGACGGGUGCUGUUGCAUUUAGAAGAAGAUAUAUCCUGCAUACAGCACAAAAUAAGCUGCUCAUCUGACCGACUGCAGUUGCUGUUGUCAGAGAGCGAAGUGUUAGGAAUGCAGUUAGCCGAAAGAUUAAUAAGCCGAGGAGCUAGAAAAAUAUUAUUGCAUUGCUCUAACAAGUCAAAUAGCCUUUUGUUUAAAGCCAGGGCCUGGGAAGAAAUAGGAGUUCAGUGUACAGUGUCAUAUGGAAAGUCGUGGAAUGAAAAUGUUUUUAAUUUAAUGAACAGCAAGCCACAGGAAAACGUCGAAGGAAUAUAUUGUGUUUUCAAUUCUAAUGCACAAAUUAAAAACAACAAUAAAUGUUUAGAAAAUUUAACUCUAGCCAUACGAAGACUUAAUUGGCCCAUAAAAUAUUUCGCAGUAAUUGAUACCAGGGAAGAAGUUACCGAUAUGAUAAAAAUAACCAAACCUCACGAUCAAUUUAUAACAAUCAAAUUGCCACCCUUAAAAGUCGACAACAAUAUAGAACAUUUUUCAGUCAGCCAUGCUAUUGAUGCUAUAGAGAAAGCUAUAUGUUACAAACAACCCGUUAUAGCUGCGCAUCGUACACACAACCCUUUUAGCAACUUGUUGCAAGAGUUGGCUAAUUUAGCUGAUUUCUCAAUACCUGAUGGCACAACGCAUGAUGUAACACUAGAAGAUCUGGGAAUGGAUUCGUCAAAAUCUGAAAUUGUUAAAGCCUAUUUACGGGAUGUUCACAAUAUUUUACUUGACGAGAAUAAAGUACCCUUGUUAACUGUAAAAAAAAUAUUGGAAUUAGCAGGGAAUAUAAAAAAAGAUGUGUUUUAUGAAACGGAAGGCUUGGAAACAUUCUUCUCUAACGUUGAUCCAGAUGAGCUCUCAGCUACAACGGAGAUAGUAUUUUUACCGACACUAAGUAGAAACUUUGCUACAAGAGACGAUGAAUUUCACAUAAACGAAUCGUACCUUUGCAUAAUACCGGGUGUAGAAGGGCUACACGUGCGAUUCCACGAACUAUGCGAGAGACUCAAGAUACCUGCACUGGUAUUGCAGCCAGGCGUUGACAAACCUCAUGAGACUAUAAAGGAAAUAGCUCAAAGAUAUGCUCAGAUUCUAUUAAAAAAGAUUCAAGUGAAGAAGACCUUCUAUCUUCUUGGAUAUGAAAGUGGAAUUUUGAUAGCCAUGGAAAUGGCAGCGAUUCUCGAAGAUAAUGGUCUAACUGGCACAGUGUUCUGCAUCGGUGGUGCACCAGAAAAUGUUCUGGAAACAUUUGAUGACAAAUUAGCAAGAUUUGAAACUGAAGAAUCUUUGCAAGUGGCUGUAGCAAAUCACAUGUUUAAAGUGAUAGUUAAAGAUGAUAAUCCUGAGAAUUUGGAGAACGAACUGAGGAACAUCUCUGCGUGGAAAGAGAAAGUAUCGUUCUGUGUGCAGAAGCUUCUGGGUCGUAUCGAUCAUUCUAUUCAGUAUGCGAAGGAAUACAUUGAAGCGGCGUACGCAAGACUGGUACAAGUGCGACAAUAUCAUUCAGAGCCACGUUCUCUUCGCAGUUUUCUGGUAUCUAUUCGACCUUGGUCAUCUGCGAAUAUGUCUAACAGCGCAAAGUCUCUGUGUUUACAAAGACAUUCGCAACAAAAAGUCGUCGAGUACGAGUUGCGAGCUCCUUUGGCGCAUGCGGCGCAAGACAUGCGAUGCGCUGCUAUUGUGAAUCGCCAUCUAGGCAACGACAUUUUAGAGGAAUUCGAUACGAAGAACUUGUGCGAAUCUUAUAUUAUAAAUCCUGAUUCUUUCCUUUCUUCAGGUGACACUAUGUUGGAGUGAUUUUUGAGAGGAAUGUUUAUUUAUGUGUGUUUAUAAUAAAAAUAUA